GCAGCAUGGUUAAUAGGGGACAAGGCAAUGUACGCAGCAGUAAAACUCAGAAUGUAUCACAUAUUGCAUUUGGAUCAAAGAUCCUUGGGCCACCUCCAUCUUCAAACAAGAGAGUCAGCACAAGGGUAUCUGGAGAGGUAAGAAAGACCUCGGGCAGCAAGAGUAAUAGAUCAUGCCAACAUCGGAGUUCAGGAAAGGGAACUGAAACUGUACAAGACAUUGAAAGAUUGGAGCUAUCAUUCUUGCCAUACGAUGAUUCUUUAGAUCAGAGAGGCAAAGGAAAUACUCACCGAACUGAAGAUGAAUGUCAAAAUGAUCCUGCAGUACAGGCUCAGAAACCCUCUGAGAGUGAAAGAGGAGAUUUUCAGCUCACCUCACCACAAAGACCAUCAGCAGAAAAGAACAGCCAUAGAAGAUUAUCUCUAAAAAAUGAAACAAAAAACACAUGGGACAUAACCAGCGAUGAAUGGGUGUUCCCAGAAAGCUGCACUGAGAGUGUUCAGUUGGAUGGGAGUGAGCAGUCCGCAGCUACUGAAGGUUCAGCCUGCCAUAAUAUAACCUCACCACAGAAUGCCUCUGCUGAACAUCACAGCAGUGGAACAGGCGAUCAUCAGGUGCAUAAUAAAGAGAUUUUCACAUUUUCAUCAAGACCUCGACCAGCUCCUCGUGGGAAGUCUCCCAGUAUGUCACCAGAAUGUUGCGUUUUCCCUUUGGAUUUGAAGCAAGACAGUAACGGAGUACGUGUGAAAAGCCAAACUGAAGAUAGCUUUCAAGGAACUGACAGCAGUGAAGAGGAUGACAACGAUGAAUUCAUCCAGGGUACUGAGAACCUGGAGAUCAGCUACAGUAAGCAAGGAACAUCUGAUUCAGCGGUUUUGAAAGCGACGAUGUCAUGGCAGAAUAAAUACUGGAAGAAUAAGGAACACAGGAAACAUAACCUCGAAGAUACCGUCUUGUCAAAGCCACAGAGUUCCACUGUGAAACACACAGCUUCUGUUACCUCCCAGAGCAGCCUAAAGCCUCCCCUUUCUCUUUCUCCAACUGGAAGUAAAUAUGAAUUCUUUAAAGUAAUUCCAGAUGGAUCUGAAAUAUAUGAAGGAGUUUCUGAUCAAUUAAAAGGAUCCAUCAGUAAAAAGUCUCUCAAAAAGAUCUCCAGAGGAAAUUCCUGUCUGACAGAGCAGACUUGUGAGUACGACUGGAAAAACUACCAGUCGAAUAGACUAAGUUCAUCUGAACUACAGAUGCUGGCUAGCAUGAAGAGACAACAAAAUGAAGAAUUACAGGAUACUGGAAUCUCACACGGGCUGAGUGCAUCACAGAUUGAUAACUGCAAUGUUAGCAUAAGUACAACCAGUGAUGAUACAACAACCUGGAACUCCUGUUUCCCACCACCUGUCAGUCAGGAGCAUCACUAUCAGAAAGAAAUGAGCCCACUUUCUCAUUCCAACCCACGGGACUGGUCGAACGUUUUCAGUCCCCCCAUCAUUCCUGGAAGCCAACAACUGGAAGAGCACACUAAAUCUUCAACAAAUCAGAGUAUUCCAGGUGAAGAUGACCUCAGCACUGAAGAAGAUGAAAUUUUGACUCUUUUGUAUGAUCCAUGUCUGAACUGUUACUUUGAUCCAGAUUCUGGGAAGUACUAUGAAUUGGCGUAG